AUGGAGUCGCGCCUUGCCAAGGGGCCAUCUCCGACGCUGCAGCCGAUGAUCGUGGCGGCGCUGAGCCACUUGAAGAAGUACGCCUACAUCACCAGCAACGAGUACUGGAUCGCCACCUUCUUGGACCCAUCCAUGAAGGCAGCGUGGUUCGACGACGCGCACUGGGAGAAGCUGCAUCCCGAGACUGACAGGAGGGUGAGGCCGCGUCCGGCGUCUGGCGAGGUGAUCAAGCUGGUGCGCGACCGCGUGGCCGAGUACCAGGCCCGGGCUGCAGAGCUUGCUCCACGGCCGACCCCACUUGUCCCCGUUGCGGAGGAGGAGGGAGACGAGGCGGAGGACGACGAUGACGCGCAGUUUCUCCCUAGUCGCCGACGACUUGCGGCGCGUUUGUCGGCGAGCCAGGAGGCGGGGCGGGGGGGGGGUGGGAUGGUGCAGGAUGACGAGGUUAGCAGGUACUUGUUCGAGAGGGUGCGGUGCGACGUGACAGCGCUAGAGUACUGGCGCAGUGCCACCAACAUGCAGACGCUGAGGCGCAUGGCCCGGGAUUAUCUCGCCAUCCUGCCACGUCCGCUUCGAAGGAUAGGCGAGGGCCGCCGACCGAGAGGCGUCGCACCACCAGAGUUUGCCAUUGAGGGCGAGGGGGCGGAGAAGGACGACGAGGAGGAGGAGGGUGUGGAGGCUGACGACACAGCUGGUGGAGAGGAUGCUGUUGUUGUUAGUAGCAGUGGCGCCUUAGCGUAG